GGGACAUUGUUGCUCUUUACAAAUGCAUCGGAAUGGUGGACCCAUUCAAAAAGACUUCACAGCUGCAAAGAAGAAUGGAAUAUAGGAAUCUUCUCCUUGGCUUCUUUCUCUGCUGUACCUUGGUUACUGCCAGCUAUUCAUACAUGAUAUUUGAAGAAAAGCAGGACACAGCUGUAGUAAACAACAAUAAACUGAAGCUCCCAGAUCUUCCACCUAUCUCUAUAGUUGAUUUGACCAAAACCUCUCUGAAGCUAAGCAGGAAAGAGGCUGAGAAAAAGAAAUCUAUGAAGAAAAAAGCUCAACAAAGAAAGCCUUCCCGACCAAGACCAUCACCUCCUCCUAACUGCGUGGCUACUUGGGCAAGUUGCAAACCACCCUCUCAGCCCUGCUGCGACUUCUGUGCCUUCUGUCACUGCCGACUCUUCCAGACAGUCUGCUACUGUCGAAUGGGAAACCCAAACUGCUAAAGCAAAACCAACAAUGUCACUGGAAGAACUCUGUCUUUCAUUAGACUCCUCAGUGUAUCUUUUAACCCUGUUUGUCUCAUGUGUGUUGCAAAGGAAGCCAAAAGCCUUUGAAGAGAGCUGGCUGCAGGCUUUGGCUCCCUCCAAAAAGGAAUGAAUUAUGGGAUAUCUCUCACUGAGUUAACACUGUCAUAAACAAGACAGUCACUGCCAUAACAAGCAUGACAGAAAGUGGGAAGAAGGGAGAGAGAGACUGACAGCCUGAAAAGGUAUUUACAAG